AUGGGCGCCGCCGCCGCGCGCCGCCUCGUCAGCACCUCCAAUUCCGCCACCAAAUACUCCACGUUGUCCAACGGCGUGACCGUGGCCACCGAGCACAACCCGCUCGCCCCCUCGGCGGCUAUCGGAGUCUUUUUCGGCGCCGGCUCGCGGGCCGAGACGCCAUACAACAACGGCGUGGCCGCGUUGGCCGCGUCCGUGUUGGGCGCCGGGCUCCACAACGGCGUGUUGCUCUCGUCGCUCAGCACCAGGGAGACCAACGCCAUCGUGGCCCAGAGCACCAACGCCGACGUGGCCACGGCGGCCCAGACGCUUGCGCAGAUCGUGUCGCAGAGCACGGAGGCCGUGUCCCGCGCCGACCUCGAGGCUGCCAAGCGGGCCCAGGCCGCCCGCGCCGCGGCCGUGGAAAACUCGCCCUCGCAGAUGGUCUUGGAGCACUUGAACGCGUCCGCGUUCCAGGGCUACUCGCUCGGCUUGCCCACGUUGGGAACGGCCGAGAGCAUCGGCGACUUGGAGAAGUCCGACGUGCUCCGCUUGUUGGAGAAGCACUUGGUGGGCUCCAACACCGUGGUGUCCGCGUGCGGGAACUUCGAGCACGACGCCUUGGUGGACGCCUUGGAGGGCUCGUUGGCCGUGCCCGCGGGCAUCAAGCCCGCCGUGGCGCCCGCGUCGUUCUUGGGCUCGGAGGUGCGCAUGAGAGACGACACCAACCCCAAGGCGUUCGUGUCCAUCGCCGCGCAGGGCGAGGGCGUCAACUCGCCCGCGUACCACGUGGCCAAGGUGGCCGCGGCCGUCCUCGGCGACUUUGACCACAGCGCCGCCGUGGCCAAGUUCACAUCGCCCAAGUUGGCCUCCAUCGUGCAGGAGUACCACAUCGUGGACAAGUACACCCACUUCUCCAACUCCUACUCCGACACCGGCUUGUGGGGCUUCAACGCGGAGAUCUCCAACCUCUCGCAGAUCGACGACUUCGUGCACUUCACCUUGAAGGAGUGGAACCGCUUGUCCGUGUCCGUCACCGACGCCGAGGUCGCGCGGGGCAAGGCCGCGGCCAAGACCGCGUUGUUGGCCUCGUUGAACUCGCCGCUCGCCAUCGCCUCCGAGGUCGCCAACAAGGUCUUGUUGCAGGGCUACAAGGCUUCCAUCUCCCAGGAAUUGGACGCCAUCGACGCCAUCACCACCAAGGACGUCAAGGCCUGGGCUUCCGCGGCCUUGUGGGACAAGGACAUCGUCAUUGCAGGCACCGGCUCCAUCGAGGGCUUGUUGGACUACAACAGAUGCAGAAACGACAUGGCCAUGUUGAGAAUCUAG